AUGUUAAUAACAAAUCAAAGAACAAAUCAACAAAUAAAACCAAUACGACACUGGUAUACUAUUGAACUUCCACCUCUUUCGACUAAUUUACCAGAAGUUAAGCUUUCCGAUGCAAGAAUUUCUUCAAAGUAUGAUGCUGCAAAACAACUAUUAAAAACCGAAAAUGAUCAAUAUGAAGCAAACCCAGUAUUACACCAUUCAUUUGAUCGUACUUUUUACACAACAAUGCUUAAAUCCGGUACUCUUAAGGAUAAGAUAUCAACAUUAUAUGUCCUUGUUGAAGAAUCACCUAUCCAUGCAGUUCAUGCAUUAGAUACAUUAAUGACCAUGACUAAAAAGAAUAGUAGAGAUGAAGCGGUUCAAGCGAUUGAUUGUUUAAUGAAUUUGAUGCUUGAAACAAUUUUGCCAAACCGAAAACUCAAAUAUUUUCGUGAUCAACCAUUAAAUGAUCCAAAAGUAUCGGAUAAGCACUUGAUAGUUUGGGCAUUUGAAGAUUAUAUCAAAAAUUAUUAUUAUGAAUUACUUCGUGUGAUUGAAAAAAUGAUUUCAAUUGUUUUCUCAUUGUUUAAAGAAAAACCUGAACAAGAACAAAAUUUAUUAAGAUUGUUAAUUAACAAAUUGGGUGAUAAAGAACGAAAAAUAGCAUCUAAAACAUCCUAUUUGAUUAAUCAGAUAUUCGAAGUUCAUCCAUUAAUGAAACUUCAUAUUAUAAAGGAAAUUGAACAAUUAAUUUUGUUUCCCACUGCAAAUGAAAGAUCUUUAUAUUAUGGUGUCAUUACAUUAAAUCAAAUUAUCCUUACAAAGAAUGAUACUGAAACUGAACGUGGAGAUAUUGUGGAUUCUAAACUUGUCGCUGCAAUCUUAACGGGUGUAAACAGGGCUUACAAAUUUGCUAAGGUUGAUCAUAACAAUAAAAUGACUAAUAGAUACAAAUCUCGUUUGGAUGUUUUAUAUCGUAUCACAUAUAUUGGUACUUUCAACAUUAGUAUACAAGCAUUGAUGUUGAUUUAUCAAAUUUCUUGUGGAGGGGAGUCAUUGUCUGAACGCUUCUAUCGUGCACUCUACCAAUCAUUACUCGAUCCUCGUCUCGGCAGAUCCUCAAAACAUGCGAUGUACUUAAAUUUAUUAUUCAAAUCUUUAAAAAAUGAUCCACAAAUAAUACGUGUUGAAGCUUUUAUAAAGAGAUUGAUACAAAUAUGUGGACAUCAUUUACCGCCUUUUAUAUGUGGUGCUUUUUAUAUGAUUUCAGAACUUAUAAAGAAGCAUCCGUCAAUUAGAUAUUAUAUUAACCAACCCGAAGAUCAUGAUGGUGAUGAACAUUUCGUAGAUGUACCAGAUGAUGAUUCAAAUAACCUAGAUCGAAGCGAUGAUGAUGAGUCUAAAAAAAUUCAAUCUUCAUCCAAGACAGCAAAUCCUCGAAAAUAUGAUGGUCGAAAACGAGAUCCUCAACAUAGCAAUGCUGAUCAAACAUUUGCUUUAUAUGCAAAGCAACUACUUGAGAAUAUAUCUAUCGAUCCACCACCUGAGCUUCAUCAUCACACAUUAUCACAUUUCUUGGAUAGAUUUGUAUAUCGAAAUCCCAAAAAGACAGAUCGAAUUAAAGGUGGUAAUCCAUUACUUCAACCAACAGUCGCUUCGGAGCCAGGAAUGGUAGUAAUGAAGAAAGGUACUGGAAUAUCUAAGGACGAAAUAAAUGUAAAUUCUGAAGAGUUUUGGAGGAAAAAGCUGGAUGACGUACCGGAGGAUCAAGUAUUCUUUCACAAAUAUUUUACACAAAAACAUGAAGGAAAAGAAGUAAAAAAGGUAAAAAAGGUAAAAAAGAAAUCAGACACAACAGAAAACUUUCUUGAUGAGGAUCAAGAUGAUGAAGAAUUAGAAGAUGAAAUAUGGGCAGCUAUGAAAUCAACGAUGCCUAUUAAAAUGGAUUCUGACCUCGAGAAUAGUGAUGAUGAUGAUAAUGAUUUGGAGGAUUCAUAUUUCUCUUCUGAAGGUGAUGAUAAAGAUGAUGAUGAUCAAGAUGAUGAUGAAUCAGAAGAUGAAAUAUGGGCAGCUAUGAAAUCAACGAUGCCUAUUAAAAUGGAUUCUGAUCUCGAGAAUAGCGAUGACGAUAAUCAUUUAGAGGAAUCAUAUUUCUCUUCUGAAGAAGAAGAAGAUAGCGAUGACGAUGAUGAUGAUGAUAUUAAUGAUAACUUCAAUGGUAAUAUUGAUGAUAAUGGCAAUGAUAGUGAUAAUUAUGGAUGUUUCUAA